AUGAUCUCUACACUCGCCUUUCCCAGCAUAUACUUGCUUGCGACACAUCUCACUUCAGAAGAGUUUCGUCGACUACAGGCGCAGAUACCGUCGCUGGAACACGAUUCCAAGAGGGCAGAUGUCAUAGUCGGCAAGCUCUCAAAAAAGGAGCGAGCUCAAUUCGAGCUGCGGUGCCUCGCGAUAACUACAGAAGAAGUGGCGGACACAUCUGAUCAGACGGCCUCGGCAAUUAAGAGGCACUCGAUGCCGUCUUCCCAUAGCCCAGAAUCGCACGUAUCUGCGCCAAAAAGGCGACGAACAAGUGGCACACACUCGCUAACUGGCGUGUUGUCUGGGGAGACGGAUGUAACGGCCCCUGACUCAUACUCGCAUCAAAUUGGAAAAGCAGUCGUCGGAGAGAGUCUAUCUCCCGGACCGUCGACAUCGCGAACGGUCAAAGUGGUCAAGCUGGCAUGGUUUAAUAACUCCAUCACUUGUGGCAAGGUACUCCCGUUAUCAGAUUACAUCAUCUACGAGGGUCGGAUAGCACAACCCGAUUUCAACCCUCCCAUGCCCACGACGCGAAUCCUACCAAGUGUUGCUCGAAAUGCGACGGGUACAAUCUUUAAAAAUAUUAAAGAUGCAGGCGAGUCAGUCAAUGCCCCUUCGAGGGCAAGCCCGUCAAGCCCAUCUCCACUCAGAGGGCAUGCUCGGCACAGCGAGUUGUUGCCCGUAACGACCCGCCAUUCUACACACCGACCAACACUUGCCCGAAGAACUAAUUCAGAUUAUGAAGAGAGCCGGGGAUUGCCACCAAUCCCAGACUGCCUCCAUGCGGUAUAUUCAUGCCAGCGGUCGACUCCGCUACAUCCACCAAAUGAGAAAUUCAUAGACAGUCUCAAAAAGAUCCAGAGGAUACGUGAGCUGAUGGGAGAUGAGAUCGGGGUGCGGGCCUAUUCUACAGCCAUUGCCUCGCUCGCUGCUUAUCCUCAUGUACUUUCUUCCGCCGCAGAAGUGUCCCGAUUGCCAGGUUGCGGUCCUAAGAUUGCCGAGCUGUAUCGGGAGUAUUCUGCCACCGGGGGCCACGUGCAAGAAGCGGACGAUGCAGAAUCCGAUCCGAAAAUCUGUGUGCUGCGGCUGUUCUGUGACAUCUGGGGUGUGGCAGAGGCGACAGCUCGUUCAUUUCACAACCGCGGCUGGCGUGACCUAGAUGACGUUGUCGAGUUCGGCUGGUCAGAGCUGGGGCGCGUGCAGCAGAUUGGUGUCAAAUACUACGACGAGCUGCAAAUGACAAUGACGCGGGCCCAGGUUAAAGACAUCGCAAAUACAGUACUGGAGCAGGCCAAUCAGAUAUUUCCGGGGUUCCAAAUGGUCAUUGCAGGCGGGUAUCGACGCGGCAAGAAGAUGAACGGGGAUGUCGACGUUAUCCUCAGUCAUCCGGAUGAAGAAGCUACUCACCUUGUGAUCGGCCGUCUUGUCCUUGCUCUCGAGCGCAUUGGUCGCAUCACCCACACACUGACGCUUAGUACAGCCAACUCAGAGCGGGCUCAGGUACCAGUCAGCUGGAAGGGCAAUGCUCCGCGGCACACUCUCGUCAAGUCACCGGAUCUUGGGGGCACAGGCGGGGCCGGUUUUGAUACAUUGGACAAGGCACUGGUUGUUUGGCAGGAGCCGAUAGACCAGGACCCAGGGCGGAACCAGUCAGUAAAUACGUUGAACAAAAACAUGGCAGAGUCAGAGGGUGCUGAGGGGAUUACGAGUCAGACACACAUUCACGAGGAACCAAACCACAAUCCUCAUCGACGAGUUGACAUCAUUAUCUCUCCGUGGAAAUCGGUGGGCUGCGCUGUACUGGGCUGGAGCGGCGGGACAACAUUCCAACGAGAUCUGCGACGGUAUUGCAAGCGAGUGCAUGGCUUGCGGUUUGAUAGUAGCGGUGUGCGCAGCCGAGUGGACGGUUCCUGGGUCGAUCUGGAGGACUUUGCUCAAGAUCCUGCUCCAGAUAUGUUGACAGCAGAACGGCGCGUGUUUACAGCGCUGGGCUUAGAAUGGCGGCCACCAGAAGAACGCUGCACAGGAUAA